GUGACCAAGACAACACGGUCCAAAAACCAGACAGAACAUGUCAAAAAAUUGGCAUUUUGUUGUCAAAAUGUUCCUAACCCUCGCACGAGUGAGCAAAUCCGUCCUAAUCACGGGCGCCAAUGAAGGUCUUGGUUUUUGCACGGCUUUGGCCUUGGCGGCCAAAAACCACCGCAUUAUCAUGGCCGACAAGGCCGAUUUGGCCCUUUCCAAGUCAAAAAUAGUCAAAAAAACGGGCAAUUGCGACAUUGUGACGAAAUUCGUUGACUUCACUUCGCUAACUUGUGUGCGCAACCUUGCCCAGGAAAUAGUCCAAGAAGAGGAGAAGCUUGAUGUUUUGAUCAACAACGUUGGAGUUUUCUGUUUGGGCAAAGAACGAACGGUUGAUGGGCUCCAAGCCACCAUGCAAGUCAACCACUUCGGCCCGUUUCUCCUCACCCAUCUCCUGGCAGACUUGCUAGCAAAGUCUGCCCCAAGUCGCGUGAUUUUCGUCAGCUCUCUGGGCGCUUUCUUCAAUAAUUUGACGAUUAGUAAUGUAAAUAACCCCGAUGUGAGUUACGUGGACGCGUUUUCCUCGUUACUGGUUUAUUAUAAUUCAAAGCUGUGCAACAUGAUUGUGUCAAACGGUUUUGCACAACGUUUCAGUAAGGAAGAAAUUACCUUCAAUUCGGUUCAUCCAGGAAUGAGUGCUACGACGUUCCUGUGGAAGAAUAAGCCAGUUGCUAACCCGUUUCAGUGUUUUUUAGUCCUGAAAUCGGCGCUGAAAAUUGUGCUUUCUUGGCUACCUCCGAACAAGUCGCCAACGUUUCAGGAAAAUUUUUCGUCGACUUCAGGGAGCACCAACAGCCAAGAGUCACGACUGACGCGGAAUUUUGCUCCGAAAUUUGGGCAAUCAGCGAGGAUUUUGUCGGUCUUACCGAGGAAAAAAUUUGUAGAAACUAGGAAAAAUAUUUUUUGGAGAAUAAAAGAAGUUUUAGUGAAAACUGUUUCUGAUUUUAACGAAAAGUUUUCGAUUGAAUCUCUAAAGUCAAUGAUCUAGAACGAAAACACCUCCGUGGACGUGGGAAUUUUGACUAUUUUAUUCCGUUUUGGG